AUGCCCAGGACAAAACAAGAACGUCACUAUCAUAGGUAUCCUGAUGAAUUGGCUAUACUUUACCAGAUCUGCUGUUGGGGAGAUUCACGUCAUCUAUCUAUUGUAGGUCACUCAUAUUUACCACCAGACAGAAUUUUCGGAAAAAUAGAGAAGGUUGUGAAAAGAAAAGAGGUCAUAAUAAUUGAUCCAAAGGAGUAUAGUACUAUAUUUUCCGAGUUUGCGACUGUACUAGACAUGGAAAGUGACUUUGAUGUUUUUGAUUGGAAAAAAGCAGUCGAGACUCAUGUGAAACCACCUAGCCAAUGGCAUUUCCAAUUUUCUUCGGCGAAGCGGAUGAUAAUUAAGAAAGAAGCUAGUUCAUCAGGAUAA